AGAAAAAGGGGGUUGACCCGAGGACGUGUGGGUUUUUGGGAAGGUGACAUCUGUGUGAGGAAGAUAAGUCUUCUGCUCACCAUCAGCCACUCAGAACUUCAAACAAGCUCCGAGUGCGUCGCUCUCUUAAUCCGGAUUCUAACUUGCACCCAAAUCUUUAACCAUGAGGACAUACGUUUGGAUUUAUCAGGCUUUGCUCUGUGUUCUGCUCACUAUUGUGGAUACAGGUUGCUGCAGAAAGUCUCGUCAGUUAUUACAGAGGUAUGAAAAGACUGAAAGCCACAUGCUGGUUUGCACAGACUGUCCUCAGCUCCCAUUGAUACGAACCAGCAACUCAGAGGAACGCUGUGCCCGGAAAUGCAAAGUGAAGAAAAACUUCAACUGCAGAGCCUUUAACUUUCAGCGGCACAGCAAGAAAUGCCACUUGCUUCCUUUUGACCGUUUCACCAACAAUGUGCAGAAGCAGGCCAGCAUCAACUUUACUUUAUACGAAAAAAAAGAUUACAUAAGGGAGUGUAUCACUGGCACCAUGGACAACUACAGAGGAAGGAGGUCAUGGACAAAGUCAAAUAUCACUUGCCAAGCUUGGUCAGAUAAUAACAUCAAUGAGCACACGUUUUAUCCAGAUAGGUACCCAACGCAAGACCUGAGGCACAACUUCUGUCGGAAUCCUAACAACGAUCCCGGUGGUCCGUGGUGCUACACCACAGAUCCCAAUGUACGAGCUGAGGAGUGUGGCAUACCACAGUGUUCAGAAGAUGUCUGCAUGACAUGUAACGGGGAGGAUUACCGGGGCAAAAUGGACCAUACAGAGAGUGGCAAAGAGUGCCAGAGAUGGGACUCGGCAAGGCCUCACAAACACCCCUUCCAGCCCAAGAAGUAUCGGGACAAAGAUUUAAAGGACAACUACUGUAGGAACCCGAAUAACCGCCUCCGUCCUUGGUGUUACACCAUGGAUCCCAAAACUCCAUGGGAGUACUGUAACAUCACUGUGUGUGGUUCAGACCCUACCGAGGACUCCAAUGUUGAAGUAACAACUGCCUGUGUCCAGGGAAAGGGCACAGACUACCAAGGCACAAUGAAUGUCACCCCGGAAGGUGUGACAUGUCAGCGCUGGGAUUCCCAGUUCCCACAUAGCCACUCAUUUCUUCCGCAGAACUACAAAUGCAAUUUGUGUGUGUGUUAUAGAGACCUCAGAGAGAAUUACUGUCGCAAUCCUGAUGGUGCAGAUUACCCAUGGUGCUUCACUACAAACCCUAAUCAGAGGAUAGCCAAUUGCACCCAUAUCCCCAGAUGUGGUGCAGAGGCUACACAAAAAGCAGAGUGUUAUGAAGAGAAUGGAGAGACUUAUCGGGGCACUUUAUCCAUAACUCGAUCGGGGAUUCCCUGUGCAGACUGGUCACAUCACAUAAACAGUGGGGAUUCUCACUCUACGGUGUCCCAUGUAGGGCUGGAGAAGAACUACUGCAGGAACCCAGAUCGCGACAGACACGGCCCCUGGUGUUACACCAGUCCAAAUAACCGCCUGGCCUGGGAUUACUGUAAACUAAAACACUGUGAUUCAGCUACAAAGGCUCCUCAGACAAAUAUUCAAACGAGGCCCAAGAUAUCAUGCUUUGUGCACAUAAACACCAGAAUAGUUGGAGGACAUCAAGUGCGAGGUACAGAUGGCAGCUGGGUUGUAAGCAUCCAAAGACAGAAGGUCCAUUUGUGUGGUGGCUCACUAAUCAGAGAGAACUGGGUUUUGACAGACCAGCAGUGCUUCACCUCCUGCGUUCCAGAUCUCCGGGAUUACAGUGUGCAGGUCGGUCUGCAUCACCUCGAUGAGUCUAAAAACCGACCGCGACUACGAGUCUCUCGCCUGAUCUGUGGCCCAGACGGCUCCAACCUAGUAAUGUUGAAGCUAGCAGAUCCUGCCCCUGUGUCUGAAGGUGCAUCCACCAUUCAUCUUCCCGUGAAAGACUGUCGCAUCCCUGAAGGCACCAACUGCACCAUGUAUGGAUGGGGGGAAACCAAAAAUACUGGACAUGAUGAAGCCCUUAACUCUGUAAUCAUGCCGAUGGUGGACAACGACAUGUGCUCGCACAUCAAAGAAGACGCCGGGGAAAGCAGAAUAUGUGCUGGCGGGAAAAGGGGAGAAGGCGUGUGUGAUAGGGACUACGGUGGCCCACUGGUUUGCCAGGAACAUGAGCGCAAAGUCAUAAUUGGUGUGAGCAUCCAAAGGACAAAAUGUGCCUCAUCACAGCCAGCACUUUUUGUUAAUGUUGCUUUCUACUCAGAGUGGAUAUACAAAGUCUUCAGACUUUACCCGAAUGUGUAAAGAAACUAAUGGAGUGGUGUGAAAAGCAACCCACAGGGGACUACCAUAGCUUGCAAGAGCUGGCAGAGGAACUUGGGCCACAAAUCUCCAACAUGGAUUAUUGGGUGGCAUACAGAAAACGACUGUAUGAUAGUGACAAGUUUGGAUUUUAUGGUGGAAUCUGUCGCCAUCUGUAGAUGACAUAAACUAGAAAUUGGAGACUGGAUGCAUCUAAUUGGUUCUCACCCAUUCUUCGAUUUUGCAAAUGAGUAGAUCUCGGCAUUUUCGAAAUCAAA